CCUCCCCACAAGUAAAGCCAAAGAAAUCCCGGCACGAGGCCCUCUCCCACCUACUCCAUCUAUCCUCUUCGCCGCUCCUCACGGUCAGAUCUGGCCUCCGGCGAACUCUAUUCCGGCGAAUCCAUCUACCAGCGACGUCGAUCUCUUCGAUUCAAGUACCCAUGCAUGUAGAUCACAACUAAGCUUUUCUUCAGCUGGUUCUUCAUUUGGGACAAGAUGUCACAAACGAAGGAAGUGAGGUACACUGCACGGUCCAUUACACCCCCUGCAAAUAGAAGUGGCACUUCAAAGUCACCUCCUCCAGUGAGACGUAGCUCUUCAAGAUCACCUUCUCCAAAGAGGAGUACCUCAAAGUCUCCGCCUCCAAGGAGGCGUAGCACUUCAAGGUCUCCUCCUAGAAGACGUGGUAGAUCAAGGUCAAGGGAUAGGAGUCGUUCCAGGGAUAGGAGUGAUGAUGAUUUAAGAAAUCCUGGGAAUAACCUUUUUGUUACUGGGUUGUCCACACGUGUAACUGAAGCUGAACUUGAGAAGUUCUUUAGCAAGGAAGGAAAGGUUAAAAACUGUCAUGUUGUUCUUGAUCCUCGUUCGAAAGAAUCUCGGGGCUUUGCAUUUGUGAGUAUGGAUACUGUUGAGGAUGCAAGACGCUGCAUCAAGCGCCUACACCGUACUGUACUUGAAGGCCGCCUGGUCACUGUAGAGAAGGCUAAAAGAACUCGGGAGAGAACUCCUACUCCUGGAAAAUACUGCGGCCAAAGAGGUUCUCAAAAGCGCUCUAGGAGCCCUUCACCUCGCCGGCCUCGUAGAAGGGAGCGUUCCCGCUCAAGGGACCGCAAAAGAGAGCGGUCCCGCUCAAGGGAUCGCAGGAAGCACCGGUCGCGCUCACGCUCGAGAGAUCGCCGCAGGGACCGCUCACGUUCAAGGGAUCGCAGCCGCAAGGACCGUUCACGGUCAAGGGAUCGUCGCAGCCGCAGGGACCGCUCACGCUCGAGGGAUCGCAGGGGCAACUCGCCACAUGAAAGAGAUUCUCAUAGAAGCCGCAGAGAUCGGUCCAGGUCACCAACCAGCAAUGGGAACCGCAAAACUGACUAGUCAGAACUACCAGGCGAUUUCUCUUCAUGUGAUGAACUAUUGCUUUGGGAUUAGCAAGUAAACUAAUGAUGCCGCCUGAAAAGUUUACCAGACCUUGCGUGGUAGUCUUGAUUAUUUAGUGAUGCUGUCGAACACACUGAUGUUAGCUUUCUGAACAAAAUAUGCUGUUGUAUUUUUAUUAUGGUGUUGCGGAUGCUUCGAAACAAAGUGGUCUGGAUUCUGUGUUAAAAAAAGCGUGAUUAACUUUA